AUGCCUCCGAGACAGGACCCAACCAAUGCUCAGCUUGCUCAAGCAAUGGCCCAGCUGGCUCAGGUGAUGACCCAGCAGGCUGCCACUGCUGCUGCUCAGGCCACGGCACAGCUUCAACGGGAAGCUGAAGAGAACACCCGGAGAGCUGAGGAGGAUGCCAGAAGGGCACAACGGGCUGAGAGGGAGCUGGCACAGGACCGGAUCCGCAUGAGAACUGAUUUCAAUCGUCAUGGACCACCUAAGUUCCAAGGCGAAGUGGAGCCCGAGAAAGCUGAUCUUUGGAUUCAGGAAAUGGAGAAAAUCUUUGAGGCUCUCCAUACACCUGACGUUGAGAAGGUAAAUCUGGCGACCUUUAUGCUGAAGGGUGACGCUGAGUACUGGUGGCGGAGCGCCAAACAGCUGAUGACUGCCAACAAUGUGGCCAUCACAUGGGAGUCCUUCAAAAGGGCUUUCAUGGAGAAGUACUUUCCGGAGACUGCCAGGGAAGACAUGGAGAAUCAAUUCCUCAACCUGAGACAGGGGCUAAUGACCGUGGGGGAAUAUGCUGCAAGACUGGAGACCCUGUCCAAACACUUUCGCUUUUUCCAAGUACGAGUGGAUGAAGCGUACCUAUGCAACCGAUUCAUGAGGGGUUUGAGGAAUCACAUUGAGGAGUCUGUGAGGCCAUUGGGAAUCAGAGUCUUCCAACAAUUGGUGGAGAAAGCUCGUGAAGUGGAGUCGAUGAAGAAUCGUCAGAGGGGCAAGUAUGACAGUGGAGGUCCGAUCCGUUCUGGACAGAGGCCGACCGGACGGUUUGAGGGACAGAGACAAGCUGGUAGGUUUGACAGGGGCAAGGCUCCGAUGAGGAAACCUUACCAACGCCCUACUGAUAGGGUGCCUUUUGCUGGAAGGAAUGUGGUACGUGCUCCUAAGGACGAUGUCAUCUGUUACAAGUGCAACCAGAAGGGACACUAUUCAAAUGAAUGUGGGAAGGAGUAUGUGUGCUGGAAGUGCCAGAAACCAGGGCAUGUUGAGAGAGACUGUCCUGAUGCUGCUAAGGCCGAGCCAGUGCUGAAUGCUGCCAGGGGAAAGCGACCUUCUGCUCCAGGUCGUGUGUUUGCAAUGUCUGGGGAACAAGCUGCUGUGACUGAUGACCUUAUCCAGGGCGUUACGGAUUAUUUGAAUUCGUACCAUUUGAAGAAGGGUUCACCGGCGUUCGUGAACUCUAUCGUGGCGGAAGCAAGAAACGAUAGUGAUGUACGGAACAUCUCGAUAGUGCAAGACGAUGUGGAUGUUUUUCCGGAGGAUGUGCCCGGAUUGCCACCAGUAAGGGGGACGGAGUUCUCCAUUGACAUCAUGCCCGGCACGGGACCGAUAUCGAUGGCGCCGUAUCGGAUGGCACCAGCGGAAUUGAUGGAAUUGGCAAAACAGUUGGAUGAUCUCUCUUCAAAGGGAUUUAUUCGACCGAGUGUGUCUCCUUGGGGAGCGCCAGUGUUGUUGGUAAAGAAGAAGGACGGGAGGUCCAGGUUGUGUGUAGAUUACCGACAACUAAACAAGGUGACAGUGAAGAAUCGUUAUCCGAUGCCUCGGAUAGACGACUUGAUGGACCAACUUCGGGGAGCAGUUGUUUUCUCGAAGAUUGAUCUGAAAUCAGGGUAUCACCAGAUUCGGGUGGAGGAGGCUGACAUUCAGAAGACGGCAUUCAGGACUCGAUAUGGACAUUAUGAAUAUCUCGUGAUGCCAUUUGGAGUUACUAAUGCACCCGCAGUUUUUAUGGACUACAUGAACCGUGUGUUCAGGCCAUUCUUGGACAAGUUCGUGGUGGUGUUCAUAGACGAUAUUCUAAUUUACUCGAAGAGUAAGGAGGAACAUGAGGAGCAUUUACGUCAAGUGCUAGAGGUGUUGCGGAAGAAGGAACUCUAUGCUAAUGGAGGAAAGUGUGAGUUCUGGAUGGAGGAAGUGAAGUUCCUUGGUCAUGUCAUAUCUAGCAAAGGUGUGGCAGUGGACCCCAGCAAAAUUGAAUCAGUUUUGGCAUGGGAACAACCGAAGACAGCAAGUGAUAUCAGAAGUUUUGUUGGGCUUGCUGGCUACUAUCGGCGUUUCGUGAAGGAUUACGCCAAGUUGACUGCACCGUUGACUCAUUUGACAAAGAAGGAUCAACCGUUUGCGUGGACGGAGAAGUGUGAGGCUAGCUUCCAAGAAAUGAAGAAGCGGUUGACCACCGCACCUCAUUGUGUCGGACAGAGACCCGAGGUUUACCUCACGUUUCUGGGAAGCUUUGCAGCGGGCUUUGGGAACCAGGUUGAAAUUGAGUUCCGCUUAUCAUCCACAGACGGAUGGGCAAACCGAGAGGACCAUCCAAUCCUUGGAGGAUUUGCUAAGAUCUUGUGUGCUGGAUCACAAAGGCAGCUGGGAUGA